UCGAGCCAAAGUGGGCUAGAGUCACUCCAGUUGGGAACGGGGGUGGCCAGGAGCACCCACGAUAGCUGGGAAAGAAACGGGAAACGAACAGGAUUAUAACGGUUACGUCUUUACUGGGAUUAUAAACAAUCACAUGAAAGCUCCGCUUGAUGACAUUGUAGCCCACGAGCUCCUGUACGCUGGCAAUAUUGCGGAGCUGGUGUCCAUGAAUGCUCUGCCCUGCCAUGAUGACAGAUCAGCCCCCCCCACCUCUGGAGGUCACCCCCAUGCUGGCUGAGGUGGCCCUCGUCCCGCACAUGCUCAACGGAGACGGCAUGCAGCAGAUGAUCCUGGUGCAGGUGAACCCAGGGGAGACCUUCACCAUUCGCACCGAGGACGGGCAGAUCCGCUGCAUCACAGGUCCUGCACACGUGCCCAUGGUUUCCCCAAAUGGAACUAUGCCACCCAUAUUUGUGCCCCCGGGGUACAUGUCUCAGGUGGUGGAGGAGAACGGCAUGAGGAAAGUGGUCGUUUUGCCCCACGCCGCUGAAUUCCACCCCUCCAUGCCCCUGCCGCCCCCCCACGUGUCCCCCUAUCUGCCCCACCACCCCGCCAUGCUGCACCACCAUCACAUCUACCCUGGGGAGAUGCCCCCCCACUUCAUCCCCCAGCUCCCGCCCCCACAGGUCUACACUGAGCAAGACGUGGUGUGUCACAGCGCCUCCAUGCCCCCGCGGGACGAGCGCGGGGUUAAGAUGCAGGAGCAGCUGCGCAGGCGGGUGAAGGACCGGCAGCUGAGCACGGCCUGCAGCGCCCCCCGCAUCACCUCCACCCACAGCCCCCCGCCGCCCGCCGCCCUCCACAACGGCCACAGCAAGGCCCCCGCGGCCUCCCCGGGGCCCGGCCGGCCCAGACCCCCCGGCAGGACCCGAGCCUCGCCCCCCUCGGGCUCCGACAGCCCCGACGCCGAGGCAGACACCAGGAAGAUGUCGGAGCUGCUGUCCAGUGUGCACAAGCCCACAGUGUCCGGUCUUACGUCUCGCUCGGCUGUCCUGUCCUGGCAGCAGCCCCGCCUGCCCCAGAAGAACGGAGACGCCCCCCUGCCUCUCAGCUAUGAGCUGGCCUUGUCGCACAGCGGCAGCGAGGGCAACUUCACGCCCGUCUACCUGGGAAAGGACGCCAGCUGCACAGUGCAGGACCUACGGCCGGCCUCGGACUACCAUGUGAGGGUGUGCGCAUCCUGCCACUCUGUGCGGGGAUCUCCAUCAGAAGCCACGGGCUUCACCACGGAGCGUGCGGCCCCUGACACCCCCGGCCCCCCCUGGCUGAUCCUCCGCACCAAGAACUCCCUGUCCCUGCAGUGGAAGGCACCCUGUGACAACGGUUCCAAAAUCACGGCAUAUCUCCUGGAGUACGAUGAGGGAAAGCAGAGCGUCUUUAAGGAGAUUUAUUGCGGACACGCCAAGCAGUACAAAGUCAUCCGUCUCACCCCUUCAACGAAGUAUGCCUUCAGGGUAGCUGCUAAAAACAGCGUAGGAACGAGUGCGUUCAGCGAGCCGCUGUCCUGCAGCACGGCCGGCUGCGCCCCCCCUCCCCCCGCGCCCCCCCGCCUGGCCGCUGCGGGCGUGUCCUGGCUGGCCCUGGAGUGGAGCGCCCCCUGUGGGCUGUCUGCAGACAGCACGUGCACCUACACUCUGGAGAUGGAGGAGGAGGGAUCGGGCUAUGGCUUCAAAGCCAAACACAACGGGGAGGAGCUGUCCAACACCGUUAAGAACCUCCGCAGGAGCACCACCUACAGGUUUCGGUUGUUGGCAGCAAACGCAGAGGGGCGCAGUCAGCCCAGCGCAGCAGUGGAGUUCAGCACCUGUCCUGACAAACCCAGCAGCCCCGGGCUACCGGCAGUGAAGGGCAGAGUCCUGCCAAACAGCCUGCAUGUGUCCUGGGAUGCACCAAAGGACGACGGGGGAUCUGAGAUCACGCAGUAUGUGUUGGAGAUGUGCCAGAGUCAGAGCGGGAGCCAAUGGGAGACGGUAUACAGUGGACUGCAGAGGGAACACGUGUGUGACCGUUUGAGCCCGGGGAGAUGGUACAAGCUGAGGGUCUACUGCCACAGUGUGGGAGGGCAGAGUCAGGUCUCGGACUGCCUGUCUGCACAGACGGCUCCUGUCCCGCCCGGACCGUGCCAAGGGCUGCGACCGGCGGGGAGAGCCAAGCCCUGGGAGAUACCACUCACGUGGGAGCCCCCAGCUCAAGAUGGCGGUGCCCCCGUCUCGCAGUACUCGGUGGAGAUGGGAGAGUCGGCAGAGGGCCCUCACUGCCCGCUGUACCAGGGCGCAGACACACACUGCACCGCCAGCAGCCUGCUGCCGGGGCACACGUACUGCUUCUGGGUGAAGGCGGCCAAUCAGGCGGGGUGGGGACCCUUGUCAGAGGUGUGUGAAACCCCCACAGCGCCUGGUCCACCGGAGCAGUGUGGGCCCCCUGAGCUUGUGGUGAAGACAGCCAACUCUGUGCUGGCCAGCUGGGAGGUCCCAGCAUGCAACGGGGCAGAAGUGAGUGAGUUCAGACUGGAGUGGGGAGCUGCAGAAGGCUCCAUGACGCUGACACACUGCGGCCCCUCCCUUAGUCAUGAAGUGCGGGGGUUGGUACCAGCCACAACCUACUACUGCAGGGUUCAGGCAGUGAAUGUCGCCGGGGCGGGGCCGUUUGGGGACAUCGCCAUGGUGACGACCUCACCCUCAGUGCCUGCUGCAGUGCGAUUGGUGGAGGAGGUCGCGGAGGACACCCUGCCCGGCCCUAUGUCCUCAUGUCUGGCAUUGCGGUGGGAGGAGCCCUGCUGCCAUGGCGCAGAAAUCAGUGGCUACAAUAUAGACUUUGGGGAGCAGCCCCCCCUAUCUGUGGGGAGGAUCAACUAUUUUGUCCUGGAGAACCUGCAGCCAGACACCACAUACAGGGUUCGGGUACAGGCAGUCAACAGCGUCGGAGCGGGGCCCUUCAGCACGGCCCUGAGGGCCAGAACCCGGCCUCUGCCCCCCGACCCCCCGGCGCUGGAGUGUGUGGUCCCGGGGCCCCAGAGCCUGAAGCUGAAGUGGGGGGAGGGCCCCAGCCGGCCCCAGCUAAGCGGGGCCACACAGUACUGUCUCCACAUGCAGGCCAGUGCAGAACGGUUGGUGUGCAUCUACAGCGGCCCCUGCCACACCUUCAAGGUGCAGCGUCUGAGCGAGGCCACGCUGUACCACUUCAGCAUCCAGGCCCACAACGAGUCGGGCGUGGGGCCCCUGUCUCCCGUCUACAGCUUCAGCACUACGCGCUCCCCCCCGCCCCAGCUCAGAGCCCCACGGGUCGAGCUCCUGGACUGGAACCGCUACGAGGUCACAUGGGAGGCCUUGCAACCAAUGAGAGGAGACCCCAUCAUGUACAGCUUGCAGCUGUUGCGGGGGCGGGAGGUGGAGCAGCUGUAUAAGGGCUCCAGCGCUUCCUACGUGUGGCAGUCCGUGGCGCAGGGCAGCGACUGGCGUGUGCGGGUGUCCGCCGGGAGGCAGUGCCAGGACGGGGGCGAGCUGUGGGGGCAGCACAGCCCCAGCGCCACCCUCCCCGCCCCGGCCCCCCCAGAGGACACGCGGGGGGAGCCCGGGGCCACGGCCGGGCACGGAGCCCACCCCAGGAAGGGCGGGGCCCUGACUGACGAACAGUUCGCCCUGCUGCUGCUCCUGGGCUUCGCCACAGUGGCCAUCCUCUUUGCUGUGCUUAUCCAGUACUUUGUCAUCAAGUAGGUCCUAGCCCCGCCUAUGGGAGGGGCACGUAGGGCGGGACAUUAAAGCAGCUCCCCCGAAGCACAUGACCCCACCUGUUCACACUCAAGGGCCUGCUAUAUCCCAGUGAAAAUGCUUUCAGUUUCUUAUUUUCUGGAAUAUUACUAUUAUUAUUAUUAUUAUUAUUAUUAUUAUUAUUAUUAGCUUCAGAGGGGAAUUGUUAUAUUUGUUAUAGCAAAAGGUACUUUUCCUUAUUUUCUAAUUUUCCUCUCUUCCAUGACCAAUUAUGACUGUGAAAACUGUGACUAUAGGGGUUGAGCGUGGGUUUGGAAGUAUGGGGAGAUUUGACAU